GUUAUUCUUUGACAUAUGGAUGACUACAAGAACGGAGAACAGACGCUGUUUAUAGAGCUAACUUAACUCACUCGUUUGAUAUCCUAACGGUGACUCCGCGGCCUCUGACGUCACGCUUAAAACUCGGUCAAACAAACGUGGCCUCAAUGGCCUCAACUUCCCGGCAGAUAUAGCCAAGAAAUAAACAGGUCAAGACCAGCGAAACAUAUGGCGGCACCAAGAGCAGUCACUUCCAGAAUGAGGACGUCCAAAAGAGCUGACAAAUCGUAUCCAGCGUCCACUCUGAACUUUCUGAAAAGACUGCCAUCUGAGAUCCUGAUAAAGAUUCUGUCAUACCUAGAUGCCGCCGCUCUGUUUAGCAUCAUCCACGUCAGUCGGCUCUUCUACCAGCUGGCCAAUGAUGAAGCUCUGUGGAACAGGAUAUACAUUGUAGAGGUAAGCAAGAAGAAAAAGCGGAACCCCAACUGCGUGGAUAAGCAGUCGCUGAAGAUGGCCACACUGGAGCUGCAUGAUCGGGCUGCGGGCCACUGGAAGCAGCUGUACUUCAAAACCGUAGCCUCAUACGGCAUGAACAUGUGGAGAAUUCAUCUUGGACUCAUCAGCGGUCACACUGGGCUGCCUAGCCGAACAGAGCGGGUCCUCAGAAACUUGCUCGUCACCUGGGAGCUGACAGUGUCUGACAGGUCGGGGCAUGAGGGCACACAUGAACUGAGCUGGUCCAAGUUCUGCGAGACGUCUGUGACUCUGUGCUGGAGCGGAGGAGGCUGCUUGCCCGACUACCAGCAGAUUUCCACCCUUCAACUCCACGGCGUCAGGAGGAUAGCCCUCAACUGCCCCGGCCUGAAGAAACCUGGCUGGAGGUCCCUCAUGGCGAAUGUCGACAUGCCGGCUCUAACUCAAGGCGCGCAGGUCAUUGGUCAGGACAGACUUGUUGAACUCAAGCUGCUGCAGCCUGGCAUGAUCAUCGGCGUCUGGAGGGAACGGUCCUCGGUCGCCUUUGUCAUGUUCACCCUUCACUUCCACAGACUGGUGGAACGAAGCAUCCAGGGAUCUUCCGUUUGCCCCUACGUGGAGCCAAUAAUUAAAUCCCCUUUGGAUGACAUAGACCCUGAAUACGGUCUCCAUGGUUACCAACUACACAUUGUUCUGCACAACACUGCAUGUGAAAUCAUGUCCGGAAGCUUCCCCCCAAUGUUCUGCAAGAGAACUCAGAUCUGUGAUGGCUUCAUCCAGCUGACUGCCAUUAGCAGGGCAGUGAUAUCGCAGCACACCCCUCUCUCCAGCAGAAUCAACAUUCCCUGGAGGUGUGAGGCCCUGCAUGGUGCAGUGAAGAAUUGCUGCAUCAUGAGUUUGACUCUACUGGAUGAAUUUAAGAAACCUUUCUGGUGUGUCUGCUCUCCUGUUUCCAUGGAGCUCGAGAAGACUCCCGUCUCCUAUGACUUUGAUGGUGAGCACUUCUUGAUCCACCAUCGGGACUCAGACGGUCAGGUGAAGAUGAACCUUGUUUGGAUGGAGGAACAGAGGCAGUUGGUUCUGAUCAGUUUGGUUGUCUAUGUGACUGUUUGCAAAGUCAACGAGCAUUUCAGUAGAAAUUACUGAAUGUGGAGUAUUUCUUGAGGAAGUUGUAAGGUUUUUACAACACUUUAAUACAAUGAUUAGGCGUUUACAUAUUUCAAUUAAACAUAUAUCUGGACUGCAUUCAAUUAUAUCAGCUUCUACCUUUUUUAAAGGGAAAAAAGAGUCUGCCUCCAGAAUAAUUUGACACUCUUAGUGGUCAAUAAUAUCUUUUAAAUUUUAAAAACAGAAACCAGAAAUGUAUUUAGUUGAUGUAUGUUGUGUUUCGAUGGCUAAAGUGCAAAACCUCCUAUCUACAAAAUCAUCCAGGUAAAGUGGUGGAACAUUAUUUUUUUGUUUUUGUAUUUUGUAUUUUGUAUUGGGUACCCUUAACAAAUAACCAUUUUUUGCCCUUAUUCUCAAAAAUGCCUCUUUGGCCAUCGAUAUGCAAAAUGUUUCAGUUCAAAAGUCCAUUUGCCAGAGCAACUUGUACGUUAUUUUUUCUUUCAAUGUUGAAUAAAUGAAUAUAUUUUGAUUGGAUUUAGAAAAUAAAGAAUGAUUUUUAAUUGUUA